AUGCCACCUCUCUCUCUCCACCCUUUCCCUCCAAAACUCAUCCCCACUCCCUCUCUCCUCUUCAACCCCCAAAGCCCCAACCUUUACCCCCAAAGCUCCCACCUUUAUUAUCACACCCCCAAUUCAACCCCAAAACGACGCCGUUUUGGUCUCCAAAUCAAAUCCCUAGACGCCGCCCAGGUUUUCGACUACGAAUCCAAGCUCGCCGCCCAGUUCCGCUCCUCCCAAACCCUCACAAUCGCCAUCAUCGGCUUCGGCAACUUCGGCCAGUUCCUCGCCAAAACCCUAACCCGCCAAGGCCACACCGUCCUCGCCCACUCCCGCUCCGACCACUCCGCCGCCGCCGCCAAACUCGGCGUCUCCUUCUUCCCCGACCCCCACGACCUCUGCGAGCAGCACCCCCACGUCAUCCUCCUCUGCACCUCCAUCAUCUCCGCCGCCGCCGUCCUCUCCUCCCUCCCCGUCCAGCGCCUCCGCCGCAGCACGCUCUUCGCCGACGUCCUCUCCGUCAAGGAAUUCUCCAAAGCUCUGUUCUUGAAUGCGCUUCCGCCCUACUUCGAUUUGAUCUGCACUCACCCCAUGUUCGGCCCUGAAAGCGCGAAAGAGAGCUGGAAUGAGCUGCAUUUCGUGUUCGAAAAGGUCCGAAUCGGAGAAGAAGGCUCCAGGGCUGAGAGGUGUGAGAAGUUCUUGAGCAUUUUCGAGAGGGAAGGGUGUAAGAUGGUGGAAAUGAGCUGUGUAGAGCAUGAUAAGUAUGCCGCGGGGUCGCAGUUUAUUACUCACACUGUUGGGAGGGUGCUGGGGAUGCUGAGGCUGGAGUCGACGCCGAUUAAUACCAAAGGGUAUGAGACAUUGUUGGAUUUGGUGGAGAACACUGCAGGGGACAGCUUUGAUUUGUAUUACGGGUUGUUUGUGUAUAACAAGAAUGCGCUGGAUAUGCUGGAGAGGCUGGACUCGGCUUUUGAGGCUUUGAAGGCGCAGCUUUUCGGGAGGCUGCAUGAUGUUGUGAGGAACCAGUUGUUUGGCAAUGCCGGGAAGGUGAGGCCGUUGCAGGAGGAGAAUGUGAAUCAGAAUGGCGCUGCAUUGGUGCGUUCUUCAAUUGCUGGGAGACCCCUCAAAGUACAUGUUCUGGAUAGCUCUGGAGACGACAAUUCGAUGCUCAGGGUUGGAAUUGUUGGUUUUGGCAACUUUGGUCAGUUCCUUGCCAAAACCAUUGUACGCCAAGGUCACAAGGUUCUAGCCUAUUCGCGGUCAGACUACUCUGAUGUUGCUCGACUGUUGGGUGUUUCUUACUUCUCGGAUGCAGAUGAUUUUUGUGAGGAGCAUCCAGAAGUAAUAAUCCUCUGCACAUCGAUUCUCUCCACCGAGAAAGUUCUGAUGUCACUCCCUCUUCAGAGGUUGAAGCGGAGUACUUUGUUUGUUGAUGUUCUAUCUGUGAAGGAAUUUCCGAGAAGCCUGUUUCUUCAAAGGUUGCCUCCAUAUUUUGAUAUUCUCUGCACACAUCCUAUGUUUGGACCAGAAAGUGGGAAAAAUGGGUGGAAUGGUCUUGCUUUUGUGUAUGAUAGGGUCAGGAUUGGAAAUGAAGAAUCAAGGGUGUCAAGGUGUGAUCAAUUUCUUGAUAUUUUUGCUCAAGAAGGGUGUCGUAUGGUGCAAAUGUCAUGCGAAGAGCAUGAUAAGCAUGCGGCAGGGUCACAAUUCAUCACACACACUAUGGGAAGAAUUUUGGAAAAGUUGGGUUUGGAGUCGACGCCGGUCAAUACAAAAGGUUACAAGACUUUGUUGAAUUUGGUUGAGAAUACAGCAGGAGAUAGCUUUGAUCUCUAUUAUGGAUUGUUCAUGUACAAUGCAAAUGCAAUGGAGCAGCUAAAGAGGCUGGACAAUGCUUUUGAAGCAUUAAAAAAACAGCUUUUUGGGCGUUUGCAUGGUGUUUCACGGAAGCAGAUUUUCGAGAAUGAAGAUGAUUCUCAACAUUUGUUGCCAACACCAUCAGAGAAUGAAUCUGCAUCUACAUCUUCUUUGGAGGCUCUCAACAUUCAGAACAACUAAAACCACCUUUGCACCUAAUUUUUGGAUGAGCUUUAUGAUCACUGCACCUGAUGGGAAUCAAUCAGUGAAGACAUUGCUGCCAGUCUGCAAGCCGCUUGAAGUUGGUUCCACAACAAGCUUUAUCUGAAGCGACUUCUGGAGCACGCUGUGGUUCAAGUUGUUCAAGAGAGUGAUAGAGGAAGAGAUGGUGGGAUUCGUUGUUCUUGAGCAAUACUGGACAACUGAGUUAUUAAGGGGAAUGCAUUGCUUGAAAAAGCGAUCGACUAUGGAUCGAGUAGUAGACGUGGAGCUCGAUUUUGGUGUCAACUGUCAAGGGAUGCUCCUGUAUGUAUUGUUUCUCGCUCUCUGUUUACAUCUAUGAAUAAGAUUUUCCUGUUUAACAAUUUUCGUGUCUAUUUACAUCAUUAGCUUCAUUUGGAUCAUGAUCUUUCUUAAUAUUAUACUUCCCCGUAUCUAGUUUCAAUUCUUCAUCC